AUGUCGUUUUGCCGUUCGACCAGCCGCUUUGGCCGCUCCCUGAUUUCAACCGGGCUUGUCGCGACCGGAACCGCUCUCGCUCUGGCGUUGUGCGCUACUCCGUCGCUGGCCGAAGAGGCCAAGGGCGAGGAAGACACCAACAAGGCCAAGGCCGCAGACACGGUCUCCGCCGAGCCCUCCUCGUCGGGCGACGCCAAGAAGUCCGAGUCGAGCGACUCCUCCAAGCCGAAGUACCCGCCCGCGUCGAAGGUCCUCUCCGACACGAAGAAGAUCGACGGCGUGCUGACGCUGCAUCGCUCGGACAGCAAACUCUUCGCCGAGCUGAAGCCCGCGGACCUGGACAAGGACUUCAUCGUCCUGAUCACGAUCGCCAAGGGCAUCGGCCAGUCGCCGCUCUUGGGCGGCUACAGCUGGAACUUCGACGACAACUGGGUGUGGCAGUUCCGCAAGCAGGGGGACAACAUCCAGGUCGUCCGCCGCAACGUCCGCUUCAAGGCCGACGCCGGCUCGCCGACCGCCGAGGCCGUCAAGCUCGCCUACACCGAUAGCAUCCUGUUCAGCCUGCCGAUCGCUGCGAAGGGGUCGAGCGGGUCGUACAUCGUCGAUCUGUCGGGCGUCUUCUUCACCGACCUGCCGCAGAUCAGCCAGGUACUGCCGGGCUUCUCGUUCAGCUCACAGCGGAGCAGCUGGUCGGAGGUGCGUGGCUACGACAAGAAUGUCGAGAUCCAGGUCGCCGCGACCUACUCCUCGAGCGGCUACAUGUCGCUCGACACGGUCCCCGACUCGCGCGCCGCGACCAUCAACAUCCACUACUCGAUCAGCAAGCUCCCCUCGACCGACUACAAGCCACGCGAAGCGGACGACCGGAUCGGCUACUUCCUCGCGGCGGUGAAGGACUUCUCCAAGGAAGACCCCGACGACCGUUUCGUGCGUUACAUCACGCGCUGGAACCUGCAGAAGGUUGAUCCCUCGGCCGACAUCUCGACGCCGAAGAAGCCGAUCAAAUUCUGGCUCGAGAAGACGAUCCCCUACGCCUACCGCAAGCCGAUCCGCGACGGCAUCGAGGAAUGGAACAAGGCCUUCGAGAAGGCCGGCUUCUACAACGCCAUCGAGGUCGAGCAGCAGCAGACCAGCGCCGACUGGGACCCGGGCGACAUCAACUACAACACGUUCCGCUGGAUCACCAGCGGCGCGGGCUUCGCGAUGGGCCCGUCACGCGUCAAUCCGCUGACGGGCGAGAUCCUCGACGCCGACAUCAUCCUCGACGCCGACUUCCUCCAGUUCUGGAAGCAAGAGUACGAGUACUUCACGCCGCAGGGCAUCGAGCUGCUCACGGGUGGCCCGAUCCAGAUGGAGACCUACUACGCCCAGCAAGAGGCGCUGCCCGCGCGGAUGCGGUCGCACGCCCACGACGGGCGUUGCAGCUGCAACCUGCUCGCCGGCGCUUCGCGUCAGCUCGCUUUCGCCGCGACCGUCGCCGCCACGCGCAAGCGUAGCAAGGACGACCUCGAGAAGCUCAUCAACCAGGGCCUCAAAGAGGUCACGAUGCAUGAGGUCGGUCACACGCUCGGCCUGCGGCACAACUUCAAGGCGAGCACGCUCCACUCUCUCGAAGACGCCCGCGACACUGAGAAGACCCGCAAGGAAGGCCUCGUGGCGUCGGUGAUGGACUAUGUCCCGACGUUCAUCGUCCCCGAGAAGUACACGCAGGGCGACUACUACACGACCACCAUCGGCCCCUACGACUACUGGGCCAUCGAGUACGGCUACAAGCCGCUGAAGGACGAGAAGAAGGAGCUGGCAGCUAUCGCCUCUCGCAGCGGCGAGCGUGGCCUCGCGUUCAGCACCGACGAGGACACCCGCGGCAUCGACCCCGACCCGCACAGCCGGCGUUUCGACUUCGGCGACGACCUGGUGGCCCACGCCGAGAUGCAGUCCGAGCUCGUGGCCGAGGCCAUGCCGCGCAUCAUCGACGACAUGGUCGAAGACGGCGAGGGCUAUCAGAAGGCCCGCCAGGCGUUCGGCGUGCUGCUCGGCACCCAGAUGAGCUCGGUCUUCAACGCGGCCCGCUACGUGGGCGGCGUCUACGUCAGCCGUUCGCACAAGGGCGACAAGGACGCCCCCGAGCCGUUCUCGCUCGUCGAGGCCGAGCGGCAGCGCGAGGCGCUCGACCUCGUGGCCGAGAAGAUGUUCAGCGACGAGCCGUUCGACAUCCCGCCGUCGAUCUACAACAAGCUGAUCCCGUCGCGCUGGUCGCACUGGGGCGCCGCCAACGCGUCGCGGAUCGACUACCCGAUCCACGCCACGAUCCGCCUGAUGCAGGACCGCACGCUCGACCAGCUGAUGGGCCCGCUGACGCUCACCCGCCUGCACGACAACGAGUUGAAGGUCGACGGCGAGGUCGAGAUGCUCACGGUCGAUGACGUGCUCUCGACGCUCAGCGACUCGAUCUUCGCCGAGCUGAAGGACCUGAAGGAAGACACGGAGUACACCAAUCGCAAGCCGCUGAUCAGCAGCCUCCGCCGCAACUUGCAGCGGACCUACCUCGAACGGCUGGCGAAGUUGGCGCUCGACCGCACGUCGGCGCCCGAGGAUUGCCAGACGCUCGCUUACGCCGAGUUGGGUGACCUGAAGAAGGAGAUCGACACGCUGCUGGAGGACGACCCGGAGCUCGACCGCUACAGCGAGGCGCACCUCCGCGAGGCGUCGGACCGCAUCCGUAAGACGCUCGAGACCGAUCGCGUCUUCGACACGGGCGGCGGGUCGGCGUUUAUGAGCCUGUUGCUGCUGGGCAAAGAGCCCAGUCAGCAGGAGGCGGUUCCCCGAUCGGUUGUUGCGGCAAGUGCAGGCAUGAAACUCAUACUCGCGGUGAUCCAGCCGACGAAGCUGGAAGCGGUCCACGAAGCGCUCCAAGCGAUCGGCGUCACACGCAUGACGGUCGCCGACGCGAUGGGCUUCGCCCGCCAACGCGGCCACGCCGAAACGUACCGCGGCCACGAGUACGAGACGCACCUCCUCCGCAAGGUCGAGGUGCAAAUCGCCGUCAACGACGACUUCGUCGAGCCGACAAUCCGCUGCCUGGAAGAGCACGCCCGCACNNUCGGGGACGGCAAGGUGAUGGUGCUGGGCGGUUUGAGCAUGGCAGCGUUACUCGUCACCACCGACCUCAUGGCGACCUCCACCGCCCACGGCGCCGCGUCGCAAGCGGGCGUGGAGCUCAAGACGGUCUCGCCGAACGCCGCGUUAGAAGCCGCCAGCGAAGCCACGCGCUUCGUCGCCCUCGACCUAACAACCAAGGUCGCCGACCUCGCCGCGUGGGCCGCGUCGAUCCGCACCGCGGCGCCGAACGCGACGCUACUGGCCUACGGCCCCCACGUCCACGAGGCCCGGCUCGAAGCGGCGCGCGAGAGCGGCUUCGACCUCGUCAUCAGCCGCGGCCAGUUCCACCAGAAGAUGGCGGACCUCCUGCGGACCUACGCUGCGCCUUCUGGCCCCUCAUCAGCCAACUAG